UUCCGAGUCUGUGAACGACCUGACCGGAAAACAAGCAGGCAGAGCGGAGCGGAGGCAGGCAGAGGAAAGAUGGCAGCCGCGGCAGUGGCUGAGUUUCAGAGAGCACAGUCUCUUCUUGGAACAGACCGGAAUGCCUCUAUCGAUAUCUUACACUCAAUAGUGAAGCGGGACAUCCAGGAGAGUGAUGAAGAGGCGGUGCGUGUUAAAGAGCAGAGCAUCCUGGAGCUGGGUGGGCUGCUGGCCAAGACCGGACAGGCUGCAGAGCUUGGGGGUCUGCUGAAGUAUGUACGCCCUUUCCUCAACUCCAUCUCCAAGGCCAAGGCAGCCCGGCUGGUCCGCUCCCUGCUGGACCUCUUCCUGGACAUGGAAGCAGCCACAGGUCAGGAGGUAGAGCUGUGUCUGGAGUGCAUAGAGUGGGCCAAGGCUGAGAAGAGGACCUUCCUCAGACAGGCGCUAGAGGCUCGUCUCAUCUCGCUGUAUUUCGACACAAAGUGCUACCAUGAGGCACUACAACUUGGCUCCCAGUUGCUGCAGGAGCUGAAGAAGAUGGACGACAAGGCCCUGCUAGUGGAGGUUCAGCUGCUGGAGAGUAAGACCUACCAUGCGCUCAGUAACCUGCCCAAGGCCCGUGCCGCCCUUACAUCUGCCAGGACAACCGCCAACGCCAUCUACUGCCCCCCAAAACUACAAGCAGCUUUAGACAUGCAGUCAGGGAUCAUUCAUGCAGCGGAGGAGAAAGACUGGAAGACGGCUUACUCCUACUUCUACGAGGCCUUUGAGGGCUACGACUCAAUUGACAGCCCCAGAGCCAUCACAGCCCUCAAAUACAUGCUGCUCUGCAAAAUCAUGCUCAACGCGCCAGAGGAUGUCCAGGCCCUCAUCAGUGGCAAGCUAGCUCUGCGAUACGCUGGCAGACAGACAGACUCACUGAAAUGUGUGGCACAAGCCAGCAAGAAUCGGUCGCUGGCAGACUUUGAAAAGGCACUAACAGAGUACAAAGCAGAGCUGAGGGAUGACCCCAUCAUCAGCACCCAUCUGACCAAGCUGUAUGACAACCUGCUGGAGCAGAACCUCAUCAGGGUCAUCGAACCUUUCUCCAGGGUCCAGAUAGCACACAUUUCCUCCCUCAUCAAACUCCCCAAGGGAGAUGUGGAGAGGAAAUUAUCACAGAUGAUCCUGGACAAGAAGUUUCACGGGAUUUUGGACCAAGGUGAAGGUGUGCUGAUUGUGUUCAACGAGCCGGUGGUGGACAAGACGUACGAGGCGGCCCUGGAGACCAUUCAGAACAUGAGCAAAGUGGUGGACUCGCUCUACAACAAAGCCAAGAAGCUAACAUAAGAGAGAGCGAAACCAUCGGUCCUCCUGUCUGGAGUGACGCGGGCCAGUCAGACCUCCGUUGAUCACUUCAACCCGGGAGGGACGAGGGGAGGAGGACGAGGAGAUCACAAACCCUCUUAACAACCCAGCAAGCAAACAAACCAGCUGACCAUCUGAAGACGACCCAACAGAUUAACAAACUGACUGACGGGGUGGACACGCCGCUCCUCCUGGUCCUCCCUCAGCCCUCUGCUCUCCCUCCCCCCCACUGUCUCUUCCUUCCAAUCUGACUGGGGUUGAUCUGACACAAUGUGCUCCUCCCUAUGGACAAAUCCAGGCACUGUGCCCCUCUUCUCUUCUCCAAACACUAGUUUCUACUGUAUGUAAAAUCGGACAAGCCCCCCCCCCCCCCCACACACCUUUUUUCCCUCUGUUUCUCUCUGCACUGGCCAUCAGGGAAUCUUGUAAUAUAACAAUAAAAAAAUACAUAUACAGUACUUAUAAAUACAUGUAUUAUAUAAAAAAAACAUGCUUGGUCUGUUCUCAGAGUGUAACCGGGGGUUAACGUGGGUAGGUUGGUCCUCUCCCACUGGAUUCUACCUGUUCUGUUCAAUUCCCCAACCAGACCCCAAACUGAAUGUUGGAGAAUUUUAGAUUUUUGAAAGAAUUUUUGAGAAGUUGCCCCGCAGUUAACUAGUUGGCCUGAAGAAUGGUUUUGAAAACAGAGGCCGUCAGAACAACCCCCCUCCCUUCCCCUCCUCACACCCUUACCAAGACCUUUGCACCCUCACCUGUUUCACCCUGAGGGGGUCUCACUCACAAGGCAUUCUGGGAUUCGUGGACCAUACAGGGAAUUUACUCUUCUGUCCACUCGGGACCAUGCCACAAGGAGAGGAGGACAUUCAUCUACACAGUGGGGUCUCCUUCAGCCCCCUUCCUCCGCCCCUGCACUCCUACGUCCUGUUUGUAUAUAACAUUGCCAAGCGCCUCUGUUCAUCCAAGGCCUGAUGUAUUCACACUGUCCCCUUUUUUUUAUAAUGCGUAAGAACUGAAUAAACCUCGCCACCGAGAGCUUGGUCAGUCACACAAAGUGCUUUUGAUGCUCGACAGGUGACUGGAGAGGGAACUCUGCGUUCUGAGAUGUGAUGGUUGGUUGUGCAGGAGAGGGCGGGUUUCGCUGAAGAAAAUCAAGCUGUACAUUUCUGGGAACUUAAUUUUGCAAGGACUCGAGGGUCUACCAUAUAUGACAUAGAGAAAGACAAAUGCUAAUAAAAAAAAAAUUAAACCUGUAAA